AUGGAGGUCGUCCAGGCGACGCUGGCGCAUGCGAUCGCACCGUUCCCGGAAGAGCUCCGCGAGGCCUUGGUGGCCAAGUUUGAAGCCUACUACGAGGCGCCGGCAACGGCCAGCGUCGAGGAGGUGCUUCGGAAGCGGCUCACGGACGACCGUGCACGACAACUGCUCUUCGAGCCUACGGCCGCAGAUGGGCAGUGGUAUGCGGCGCUCGUGCAAGGGCCGCCGCAUGGCGCACCGGCAACGCACCCCUGCGCGAUCACGUGUCAGCGAUACUUGGCCAUGAUGUACCUCUGCCACGCCCAAGAAUGGUCGUUCGCCAGCGAGUUCAUCUUGCACGAUGGUCUCGUGACGCUCGUGAGCAUGUUUGACCACGAGGACAUCCACAUGCGUGGUCAAGCCCUCGACACGUUCACGCAGCUCACGAGCAAUCCUGCGUUCGACUGGUUCCAGCAGCCGACGACGUCGUUCGAGAAGGCACUACACCACAAGAUGCUCUUGCUGCCCAACAGCGCGUCGAUCGUGCAGCAGCUCGUGAGCAACCAGGCGACGCCCGAACUCUCGUUCUGCGCGCUCCAGAUCCUCGCAUUCUACAUGAGCUGGGUGCGCAAGCUGUAUACGAAAGGCGAGCUCCGCCUCAGCUCCGCCCUCUUGGCAUCCUUGGAGACAUGGACAACGAGCGCGUCGCCCGACGAAGCCGAGCUUGCGACCAACGUCUUUGCCGACUUUAACCGAUGGCCAGCCGCCGACGCCACGGCCAGCUUGAGCCUCGCCGGCGUCGAGUACCCGAGAGAGAUGCAACUUGUGCAGGAAGCGAGCGACGCGUUCAUGAACAAGGCCUUCGACCGUGUCCUCGAGCUCUGUACCGAUGUCUUGGACGGCGAUAACAACGCCGACGCCCUUCCGCCAGCCGAGCGCCAGCGCGCCUUUGCGCUCCGUGGGGCAGCGCACUUGGCCGCAGGCAACGCCCAGGCAGCCAUAGGGGACCUGCAGACCGGUUUGGAGCAUCCGCCGACGCCGAGCGAGCGUGGCCGUUGGGCGCUACAGCUCGCAGACGCCUUGACGCAGCUCGCGCAGUUGGACCGCGCUCUCUCGGUUCUCCACGAACACGUCGACGGCUGCGACGAGGCAAAGCCACUGCACGACGCCAUCCAGCGCCUCUCGGCCAUGAAAGCAGCGGCGCGGGCCAUGUCCAAGGACGCCAAAGAGCAGGCGCUUGUCGAAGCGCUCUUGCAGCGCAAACAUCCCAAGCCGGUGUCGGGUCCCAAGGACGCUGUUCUUGCACCUGCUCUGCCCAAGAAGGAGGGCACGGCGACUUCCAACAACCAAGAUGAGGUGUCGUCGGUACAUGCCAAGCCCAAGGCGGCUAUGGCAAAGAAGAAGCCGACCAAGCCGGUCUCGACGUCGAUGUCGGCGCAGCCCUUCUCGACGACGACCGGGCGACGGCUCUUGAAGGCCAAGGCGAACCCGGAUGCGAUGGCCAAGCUGCUUUCGAGUCUCCCACUCGACGAUUUCGAGCACGCGAUUGGCAGUGUCCUCUCGGAAGACAUGCUCGUUGGGCUUUUUCAAGGUCUUUGCUUGGUGCCUGCGUCGGUCGCCGCCUCGAUUGUGAGCUGCUUGGAGGCGACACCGCGCUACCACCUGACGCUGGACCUUGCGUCGCCGAACGUGCACGAGCUCCGUACGCAGCUGAUGCACCACUGA